AUGUCGGCCAUUGGGAUGCCACCACACAUCUUAAUCCUGUUCCAAGCGAGGCCGCUACUCAGUUUUUACAAACCCAUCCAGAAGAAGAAGCACCAAGCGUACAGCGGCAUUUCCGAGUACCUGAAUCUUUUCGAGGAUAAAGAACCCCCCCCAAAAAUAAAGCUAGAAAAUGCAAAAGAAAGAAAGGAAAGAAAAAAAAAGGAAAAAAUAACAUACAAUGAAUUAAUGCUGAAAGAAAUGAGAAAAAACUAUGACCCUUUUAAAAAUGAAGAUUUAACAAACGAUCCAAAGAAAACAAUUUUUAUUGGAAGACUAUCAUAUGAUGUAAAUGAAAAAAAAUUAAAAAAAGAAUUUGAAGUGUAUGGAAAAAUAAAAAAAGUGAAAAUAAUUUAUGAUAAAAAUUUUAAACCAAAAGGAUAUGCAUUCAUAGAAUUUGAACACACAAAAAGUUUUAACGAUGCAUAUAAUUUGGCUGAUGGAAAAAAAAUAGACAACAGAAGGAUUCUCGUAGAUGUGGAAAGAGGAAGGACUGUAAAAAAUUGGAUUCCUAGACGAUUGGGUGGUGGAAAAGGACCUCCAAGGGGAUCAGAUGAAAGGAAAAAGGUCACUCAUAAUAUUAAUUGGACGGCCCUAAUUAAUAAAGAUAAAUACAGAAAUGACAAAAAGAAGGUAGAAGAAAUUUACAAGAAUGUGGCUUUGUAUAAUGAGAGGAACGAUGACGACAGUGAUGAGGUGAACGACGUGCUCAAGAGCCACCGACGCCACAGGAGGGACGAGCACAAGAGCUCCAAACGGGACCGCCACCACAGAAGCAGGCGCAGCGAGUCGAACGACCGCCACAGGCACAAGCACAGGCGCAGCGAGUCGCACGAUCGCCACAGGCACAAGCACAGGCGCAGGGACAGCCACGACCGGGAUAAGGAGCGGGAUAGAGAUAAGGAGCGGGAUAGGGACAAGGAGCGGGAUAGGGAUAAGGAGCGGGAUAGGGAUAAGGAGCGGGAUAGGGACAAGGACCGGGAUAGGGACAAGGACCGGGAUAGGGACAGGCACAGAGAAAGGGACCACAACCGAGAUCACGAUCACAGUUACAACCACAACCGAGAUCACGAUCACAGUUACAACCACAACCGAGAUCAUGAUCACACUUACAACCACAACCGAGAUCAGGAUCACAGCUACAACCACAACCGAGACCAAGAUCAUAAUUACAAUUACAACCACAGCCACAACCACAACCGCGAUCACGAUCACGUUCACGAUCAUAAUUACAAUUACAACCACAAUCGGGACCAGGACAAGCACAGGCACAGAAGCCGGGAGAGGGGAAACGAAGGCGGCGCCUACUUUCCCAACGGGGGUGAACGCAGAGGCGAGCACGAGCAAGCGGGCUCUCACAUGAAUAUACACAGCGGUUACGGGACAGACGCACCGGGAGGAAGAGACUAUGGAAAUUACAACUAUUAUGGACUGUCACGUAUAUCCUGA